GGGCACGCGGGAGGGGGGCGGGGCCGCACCCCGCAGGGGCCGCUUCACUCACGGUUUCGUUGACCCUGCCCCGUCCUGCCCCACGAUGACCGCCCACAUCCUCAUCCUGCUGUUGCUCUUCGCCUUCUCCGCCCUGGGGGACCCGGACUCCGCGGGCAGGAGGCCCUUGCACCAGGUCCUCCAGCACCGCGGGCGCCUCUGUUCCCUGGGCACAUGCCAAACGCACCACCUGCUGGAGAUCAUAUAUUGGCUCCGCUGCCUCCAACAAGGAGCCGUCGGGGAAGGCUGGUCGUGAGCCCCAGGACCCACACAGCUAUGGGCGCCGCCGGCGGCGCGAGACGAGAGCCCUGCUCCGUCCCCAGGACGCCGACCUGCAGCGAGGGAGCGAGCGCAGUGCCCAGCUCGCUGGGUGACUCUGGGCACCUCUGCUCCCCUUGGCCUCAGUUUGCCCAUCUGUGUACUGGGGCUACUACCCCAAGUUUCUUCUCCCCUAAUUCCACCCCGUGGGACAGUCUCCCCCACUCGGUCCCCAGACUGACCGCGCUGGACCCAGGGGCACACCGGACCCAGCCUGGACAAAGAAUACUGACGUGCGCAACGGAAUAAAACAAGAGUUCCCUG